GGCGUGGUUGCAUUGCUUGGAUUUACUGAAACCAAUGAGCUUAGUAGGAUGUUAGCAGAGUACCUCGGUGAGAAGCAAAUGCUUGCGGUGGUUUGCAAAGCACAUGCUCCUGUUGGUGCCACACAGAUGCAUGCGAAGAAGCACGGGCACUUGAAUGGUUCAGAUUCUCUGUGUGCAUUAGCCAAUCAUCUUGGAAUCUCUAUUAAGGGAGGAUACGAUAUCAUAUGCCUCGACGAUAUAAGGCCUUACACUGGUGAGAUGAGUUAUGAUCCCCAAAGAAAGCUAGCAUUACCCAAUCCUACAUUACCAAAUGGCGAGAGUCCUCCAGGGUUUUUAGGCUAUGCUGUGAAUAUGAUACACAUAUCUGCAAAUCAUCUGCAAUACAGAACAGCCUCUGGUCAUGGUCUUCGCGAGACACUGUUUUACCGUCUACUAGGGGAUCUCCAAGUCUACUCAAAUAGAGAUUCCCUCAUCAUGGCCAGUUCUCUCUUCCAUAGCGCACCCGCUAUUUCCUUGGAUGGGGUUAUCAUCAGAGGAAACGGCAUCACUUCCCUCGUAUUAUUAGGGGAUCCACUGGUCAGGUUUCCUGUCAUCUCAAGGGAGCAGCAACCGGAGACUGUUAGUCUAGACGUGUUAAAUCUUCUGGAUUCUAAGAAGAUGGAGCUGAGGGAGGUUCAACUUAAUUUGGAUGAUAAAAGAAGGGUUUUUGUGGAGCUCAAGGAAAAGUUUAGCAGCUAUCGUAAUAAAUACUUGAAGUUUUGCUCAAGGGACAAUUCACCAGACGUUGAACCGUAGAUGAGAUUAAAUGAGAAAGCAAUGCAGAGUAUGAAACCGCACAUAUUAGAGGGGUGGCGUUGAAGGAUGGAGAUGUAAAUUGUAUAAAAUGUUCGAAGAAUAUUAAAAAUUGUGUAAUUUUUAAAACGUUUGAAGUACUACGUUUAAACAAAGAGUAACUAGUAUCACACCCGUGCGCUGCACGGGUCAUACUUAAUUACGUUAGUAAAAUAAGAUCAUUUUU